AUGAACAAUAUUACAAUUCGUAAACCAUUAUUUGAAGUUCCCAAUGAAAAUAAGAGUAAUGUUCUGAAAUAUGAAAAAGACAAUGAUUUUAAUAAUAAAAAAAAUGAUCCAUCAAAUUUAGAAAGCUAUAUAAGUUCAACUUUACCAUACAAAAGAAUUGAAAACAAUCAUCAUAAUUAUAAUAAUGCUAAAUAUGAUGAAAAUAAUAAGAAUGAUGAUGAUCAUAUACCUUUAGAUUUAAAUAAUAAAGAAAAUAUGAACUUUUUUGUUAAUAAAAAAAAUAUACAUAACUCUAAUUUAAACUAUAAUCAUGAUAAUAUCUUACAAUCUUAUAGAAAUGGAGAAAUAAAUAGAAACUAUAAUAUUAUGGAUAAUAUGUAUGAUGUAUAUUAUAUUAAUAAAAGUAAAGCUAACCUUAACGACUAUCUUAAACAUGUUAAUAUUAAUCAUACCGCACCAUGUAUUGGGGAAUUUAGAACAUGCAUGAACUGCUUUUUAAAUAUUUCCACACUAUUCUGUAAAACUUGUAAUAUAUUCUUAUGUGCAAUUUGUAAUGUAAAACUACAUAAUAAUAAAUCCAAUCAUAUUAUAAAUGUAGCCAGUAGCGGGUUAUACGAAAAUAAUGUUAAAUUUAAUGAUAUUAUUUUAAAAGAAAAAGAUAAAUGGCUUGUUGAAUUAGAUAAUAGCAUACCAAUAAAAAUUCGAGAAAAAUGUUCUGUUCAUACUAAGGAAUAUAUAAAAUAUGUAUGUAAAACUUGUAAAUAUACACUCCUGUGUGCAGACUGUUUGUUAAAUGAUCCUGUACAUGUUCAGAAUAAAAUGGAAAAUGACAUGAACAUAAUAAAAAAUGACAUGAACAUAAUGGAAAAUGACAUGAACAUAAUGGAAAAUGACAUGAACAUAAUAAAAAAUGACAUGAACAUAAUGGAAAAAGACAUGAACAUAAUAAAAAAUGACAUGAACAUAAUAAAAAAUAACAUGAACAUAAUAAAAAAUGAAAUGAACAUAAUAAAAAAUGUACCUGAACAAAAGAGAAAAAACGAACACUUUCUUCCUGAACAAGUUCAGGAAAAUAAUGAUAAUAAAAAUGGAUCAAAGAAUGAUAAAAAUCUAAAAGAUAGUAAUAAAAAGAAAAGAGAAAAUCAAUAUAUAGUAAGUAUAUAUAAAAAAGAAGAGACAAGUGAUUCAAAUAAUAAAGAUAUCAUUAAAGAUGUCAUUUAUAAUAACGAUAUUGAUAAAUUAAAACCUGGAUUUAAAUUGAUUAGAGGGAAUCAUGAAAUUCUAACAUUGAUUGAUGCAAGAAAUGACAUAAAAGAAGAAUUAAAUAACAAAUUAGAAAUAUUGUGUAAAAAAUCUUUAAUUUUAAAAAAUACUUUGCCUUCUUUGAGAAAUAUUUGUAAAUAUGGAAAAAUUACCUGCAAAAAUAAUAAAAGAUCCAUACGAUCUGGAUUUACUGUAACAAAUAAUAUAUUGAAUGAUAAAAAGGUUAAGAUUCAUAAUGAUUUAAAAAAAUUACAAGACAAGAGUACGAACUUUUUGAAAAAGUUAGAUCAAGAAAGAAUAAAUUAUCGAAAUUAUUUAGAAAAGAAAAAAAGUGAAUUACAACAUAUGAUAAAAUUGAGUAAUAAGAAUGCAGGUUUGGCAUUAGAUUAUUAUGUACAAAAAUUAGAAUCAUUUAAAUGUUUGUUUUUUACAAAAGACAAUUUGAUAGAUAUAGAAAAAAAAUUGGAAGUACCUCAUUCUAAAAUAAAAUCAGAAUUCUUAUCAUUUCUAAUAGAAGAGAUGAAAUAUGAUAUAUUAAAUUCAAAAAUGAAUAUACAGAAUAGAUGUCAGAGUAUAACAAAAGAAUUUGAACAAUUAUUUAAUUGUAAUAUAGAAAUUCCUGUAUAUCCAGUACAUUUUAGAGAUUUUUUAAAGAAGAGAACAUUUAAUAAUAAACAAGAUGUUCAUUUAAUAAGUAAUGAUAAAAAAAAAAAACAACAAUAUUUUCAUAUAUUACCUUUUACAGAUUUUUAUAUGAAUAUCGAAAUAUCUUAUCAAAUCAAAUGUAAGAGAAAAGAUUCAUUACAUUCAAAAUGGGAAAAAAGAACUGUCUCGGUUCGUUCCAUAUAUUUAUGUAUUCAUACACAUUCAAGAUAUAUAAAACGAUCUAAUAAAUAUCAAAAUGAUGAGUUUGAUGAAAAUGUCUCACAUAAAAAUGAUGCUGUAGGAAGCAUCGCAUAUGAGAUGGAACAGAACGAAAUAAAUGAACAAGAAAGGAGAGAUGGAGAAAUGUUAGGAGUAGAUGAAAUGGAAAAUAGGAAUAAAAUUGAAAAUUAUGAACAUAUAGAUAAUGCAAGUUCCGAAAUUUCAAAUAAGGAGAAUUGUUUAAUUCAAAAAAAUAUGUCAAACAAUUUAAGUAACGAUAUUGAAUCUAUUAUAUGUCUUAGUAAUGUUGAAAUAAAAAUGUUCAAUGAUCCUAAUAUAACAAAUAUAACUAUAUUAGAAAAAAGAAAUUAUUCCUAUGGAAUAGAGCUAACAGAAUAUAAUGAUAAAAAAGAUUUAGUUGGUUAUUGGCUCUUAAGUCAAAACAAUGAAAAAGAUAUGAAAGAAUUAUAUCAUAUAUUAUGUGCUAUUAAAAAGAAGAAUCCUAAGGCUGCUCGUAUACCUUCAUUUUAUCCUAAGAUAAAUAUGAAUAAUUCUAUGUUUAAUUAUCAUGAGAAUAAUAUAAGUACGAUAUAUAAGAAUUUUUCGGCCAACCUUAUUGAACCGUCUUAUUUUAUAAAUACAUCUGAACAUGAAAAAGAUGAAAGAGAUGGAAAAUAUUUAGAAGCAAGUAUUAAUGAUUACAUGAGUGAUGAUAAAAAAAAAAAAAGAUAUGAUAGUAUAGAAUCCUUAAGAGGUAGUGAUAAGAUAAAAAAUGAUCAAAUUUAUCAAGGUGGCCAUAGUUCUAGUUUAUUAUAUUAUUAUGACAACAACAAUGAUGAUAAUAAUAAUAAUAUGUAUGAUAGUAGUAGUAGUAGUAAUCAUAAUUAUUAUAUUUUAACAAAUGAUAAACGUCUUAAUAUGGAUAACUUUAUAAACAACAAUUUAGAAAUAAAUAAUUCACAAAAUAAAGUUAUCGAAAAAAAUUUAGAGUACAUAAACAAUGUUAAAUUAACCAAAACAAGUAACUAUGAACAAUCAAAUAAUACAAAUUCGAAGGAUGAGCAUAACAUAUCUUCAGAUAAAAGUAAAAAAGAAGAUACAUUAAAUUUAAGCAGGAAAUCAUCAUACGAAUAUAAUAAUAAAAUACUUCAAUCAACAAGUAAUAAAUCUUUGAAUGGUGCUUAUGAAAAUAAUUUAUUUUCUGGAAAAAAAAAAAAAAAUAAAGGAACUGUAUUAAAGGAUAUAGAACAUAUAAAUGAUAUACAGGACAAAUAUCCUGAAGAUCUAAAUAUAAAUUGUGUGAACAAAUAUGUAAUAGAAAAUGAAGAAAAACAUCUAUUACCUUUAGAAUUAGAGUAUAAUUUGGUGUCUAGUGAUGAGAAAUUCGGUUUAAAUAAGAUAAAAAAUGACAAUAAUAUAAUAUAUAUGAAACAUCAAAAUUAUCAUAAUUUAUAUGAUGAUAAUCAAAAGAAACAUAUAUUAUUUGAUACCAAUAAAAAUGUAUCGAUUCAAAGGAAUAAUAAUAUAAACAGUGUAAUCAAAACAAAUCACUAUGAAGUCGAAAAAAAUAAUAAAGACCAAAGAAAUUAUGAUAAUUUUACAUGUGACAAAAAAAAAAAAAUAUAUUACAAUAUAAUAAAUAGUGACAAAGAUAUAUAUCAUAAUAAUAUUAUAUAUACAAAAAAUGAAAAAGAAGGAAUCGGAAAUAUUCAUCUUAAUCGUAACGAUAAAGAUAUAACCAACUUUGAACUUUUAAAAUUAGAUGGUGUUAAAGAAUUUCUAGACACAUUUAAGGAUUCAUAUAUAGAUUGUCAUAAUAAAAAAGAAAAUAUUUUAAAUAUGACGAAUAAGAAUAAAGAAGAUCAUCAAAUAAUUGAUGUUGCUGAUAAAAUAUUUAAUGAAACUAAUAUGAUUACUAUGGAUAACAACAAAAUAUAUGAUGACAAAAAUGUACAUGAGAAGAAAUGUACACAUAAUGAUGUCAUACAUCAUAAUAUGGAUAUUUUAAGUACUUCAAUAAAAAAUAAUGAGGAAAAUUUAUUUAUAGAUACCUAUCAAAAACAAAAUCGUAUUGGAGAUAUUUAUAUGAACAGGAUUAAUAUUCUUCAAGAAGAUGAUGAUGAUGAUAAUCAUAAUAAUAAUCAUAAUAAUAAUAAUAAUAAUAAUAAAUUAAUUUUAUUUGAAUAUACCAAAAAUGAUCAAAUGUUGCAUAAUAAUAAAAACAAUUUAGAGGGUACAGAAGAAUUCUCCGAUUUUAUUGAAAAAAAAAAUAAAAUAAAAAUAAAGAAUAAAAAUGAAUCUUAUCAUAAAAUAGAUGAAUCAUUACUCAGUAAUGAAAAAAAUAAUAAAGUGUCCUUACUGCUUAUAAAUAAUAACAAGGACUCUUCAUCAGUAGAUAAUAAUAAAAAUAAUAAUAAUAAAAAUAAUAAUAAUAAAAAUAAUAAUAAUGAAAAUAAUAAUAAAAAUAAUAAAAAUAAUAAUAAUGAUAGCUUCUCAAAAGAUAACAAUCUUAUAAAUAAUGACAAUAAUAAUAACAAUAAUAAUAAUGAUAGCUUCUCAAAAGAUAACAAUCUUAUAAAUAAUGACAAUAAUAAUAACAAUAAUAAUAAUAAUAAGGUUAUAAAAAAAGAAAUAAUAGAUGAUAAAGAAAAGAAUGAUAUUCACAAAAGAGACAAUAUAUACAUUAAAGAUGUAAGUGUAUCUCCUCUUAUAAAUAAUCAUCCUAAUUUAAAUUCCAUGAGAAAGGACAGAACCAUUGAACCUCUCAAAAUAAUUAAUGGAAAAAAUAAAUUAAUAAAGGAUUUAAAAAAAAUUCAAGAACAAGUUGAAAGAAAAAUAAGGAAAUAUAAAAUACAGAUGGACCAAGAAAAUAAGAAGCCACCACCUUCAAAAAAUAAAAUUAAUAUGAAAAGUAUAAAUUUGGACAUUGAUGAUGAUCAAAAUGUGGAUUCUCAAGGUAUUGUAGAUUAUGUAUUAAAUCAAAUAGGAAACAAAAAGAUGGGUCAAUAA